CAACAUGUCACUAAUCCGGUACUAUAACCAGGCGUCUCCAGAGGUCCUUCCCUACAUCUCCACUGACAUCGCUGGCCUCUCCUCCUCUUUCUACCACACCUUCUGCUCCUGUAGUCAAUACCUGACUAGGAACAAGCAGAAUGUUACCUCUGAGGAGCAAACUGGCCAAUACCAGGCCACAAACACAGACAGUCCCACCUGUGAGACUCAGGUUGACGCUCUGUCAGUGGCCCUCCACAGCACCCAGCUGUAGACAGUCAGUGGUACUUUCUAGGCCAGUUUACAUCAAAAAGUGUAGGGUGAGGUCUGCUGUUUGUACAAGGUAUGAUUAAUACUGUCACAAGUGUUCAGAGUGAACACAAGACGAUAUUUACAUGAAAAAUGUUAAACUUUUUUUUUUUUUAACAGGCUUAAGAAUAGAUCACAUUAGAACAGAGCAGUUAGAAAAUAUCACAAUAAAGUGAGUAAAGGAUGAUUUCAAAAUGAAGUCUUAUUAAAUAUUAAUUAUUCCAUUUGGACUCAAAUAAAACUUUGAUGUGUAUCUUCCAGGAUCAGCUCAUCUGUUUUGCACUCUCAUUAAUCUAAGGUAAAUGCUGGUCUAACUGUAUAUCUCAGUGUUGGGUUAGAGGGAAAUGUUGAGUUUAUGUUAAGAAACACUAACAGUGGCAUUAAGUGAUGAAUGAAUUUUCUCCAUUUGCUGACUGCAGUUAGCACAAGGUAUCUUCUUUCUUUUUGAUAAAAACAUUGAUGUCUCACUGAAUGCUUCAUAGGACUUUAAUAAAAUAUUUUUAACAAAA